CGCGCGGCCUACCGACCGAACGCACGCGCAAACCAUGCGCAGCGACGCUGUCCCGCGAGUGCACUCCUCGUUACAUUGUGAAGUGAUAUACAGUAUAAACACGGAUUACAACAACGAUAAUCUCCACAACAUAUACUGAACAAAUAUUAAUUAAAAAUGGCGACGUCAGGAGGGAAACGGCGGGAAGAGGGCAGCGAUAAUUCCGAUGAUGAGCUUACACCGCUCGCUAACGAAAUCUAUGGUGGAAGCCAAAGGACAGUACAAGAAACGAAAGGAUGGGACGUGUUCCGGGAGUUUCCACCGAAGCAGGACAGUGGGUCUAUGGAGACUCAGAAAUGUUUGGAAUUCACAGUGCGGUUGCUGAAGGUGACGGCAUAUCUAGUCGUCUUCAUUGUGGUCCUCGGGUCCGGAGUCGUAGCAAAGGGCAGCACGCUCUUUAUGACAUCACAGCUAAGAAAGGACAGGCGGAUUGCGUAUUGUAAUAGGAAUUUAGGUAGGGAUAAACAGUUUAUAGUAAGUCUUCCAGACGAAGAGCGAGUGGCUUGGAUGUGGGCUAUUUUGGCUGCGUUCGCCAUACCAGAAAUAGGAACACUCAUUAGAUCAGUGAGGAUAUGCUUCUUCAAAACAUCCAGACGACCGACAAGUGCACAAUUCGCAGUGAUUUUCAUAGCGGAGACGUUGCAUACGAUAGGAAUGGGCCUCCUUUUCUUCAUGAUCCUACCUGAACUGGACGUGGUCAAAGGGGCUAUGAUUACCAACUGCCUUUGUAUCAUUCCGGCAGUCUUGGGCCUGCUCUCACGCAACCACCGAGACUCGAAGCGGUUCAUGAAAGUGAUCGUGGACAUAGCGGCGAUUGUUGCACAAGUCACAGGGUUCAUUGUAUGGCCACUAUUAGAGAACAAGCCUGUCCUCUGGUUGAUACCAGUUGCAUCGAUAUGUAUUUCUUUGGGAUGGUGGGAGAACUAUGUAACACGACAGAGCCCGAUAGGUAUAAUCAAAAGUUUGGGCAGAUUAAAGGAUGAAUUAACGUUCACCCGCUAUUACACUUACCGUUUUAUAUCUGUUUGGAAAAUCUUGGUGUUCCUCAUGUGCAUUCUCUUCAUGAUCUGGCUUGAUGGUGACGAGCCUGCCAUGUUCUUCCAAUUGUUUAAUGCUGGUUUCGGACCACAUAGUAUCGUUGUUGAAGAGGUACAAAUCCAAUUAGGUGGAACCGUAAUUCCUGAUUUAGCUAAUGUUACUCUAACCGGAGACUCAGUAGAGGUCGCAGCUGCAUACAAAUCCGCAUUCUACGUGAUGCUUAUCCAAAUAUUUGCAGCGUACAUCUGCUACAUAUUUGGAAAGUUCGCUAGUAAGAUUCUCAUCCAAGGCUUCAGUUAUGCGUUCCCUAUCAACCUCGUCAUUCCUUUGGUUGUCAAUUUGUUGAUUGCUGCGUGUGGUAUUAGAAAUGGUGACAAUUGCUACUUCCAUGGAACCGUUCCUGAUUAUCUUUACUUCGAGAGUCCACCAGUGUUCACGCUCAGCGAUUUCAUAUCUCGUCAAAUGGCAUGGAUUUGGCUACUAUGGCUAUUGUCACAAACGUGGAUCACCAUACACAUCUGGACACCAAAACCAGAACGUUUGGCCUCUACGGAGAAGUUGUUCGUAAUGCCAAUGUAUAACGGCUUACUUAUAGAUCAGAGUAUGGCACUCAAUAGAAAGAGGAAUGAUCAGAGAGAUGUUAAGACUGAGGACCUCGCAGAAAUUGAAAAAGAAAAAGGCGAUGAAUACUACGAAACUAUAUCGGUUCACACGGAUAACACCGGUUCUUCUCCGAAAGCUAUUAAGUCAUCAGAUCAGAUUACCAGGAUAUACGCAUGCGCUACUAUGUGGCACGAAACUAAAGACGAGAUGAUAGAGUUCUUGAAGUCCAUUCUUCGGUUAGAUGAGGAUCAGUGCGCUCGGCGUGUAGCUCAAAAGUAUUUACGAGUCGUUGACCCUGAUUAUUAUGAAUUCGAAACACAUAUUUUCUUAGACGACGCCUUCGAAAUAUCAGAUCACAGUGAUGAUGAUUCGCAAGUGAAUCGAUUCGUGAAACUGCUUGUGGACACUAUUGAUGAAGCAGCUUCCGAAGUACAUCAGACGAAUAUUCGCAUUCGACCACCUAAGAAGUAUCCAGCACCUUACGGAGGACGUUUGACAUGGGUGCUGCCAGGAAAGACAAAGAUGAUUUGUCAUUUGAAGGAUAAGGCAAAGAUUCGUCACAGGAAACGUUGGUCUCAGGUGAUGUACAUGUACUACCUACUCGGUCACCGACUAAUGGAACUGCCAAUAUCUGUGGAUCGUAAAGAAGUUAUGGCUGAGAACACGUUUUUGCUGACUCUGGACGGAGACAUCGAUUUCCAGCCUCAUGCUGUACGUUUGCUUAUUGAUUUGAUGAAGAAGAACAAGAAUCUGGGAGCUGCUUGCGGUCGUAUUCAUCCUGUAGGCUCUGGUCCUAUGGUGUGGUAUCAAAUGUUCGAGUACGCUAUUGGUCAUUGGCUGCAAAAGGCGACUGAACACAUGAUUGGCUGUGUACUCUGUAGCCCUGGAUGCUUCUCCCUAUUCAGAGGAAAGGCUUUGAUGGAUGACAACGUCAUGAAGAAGUAUACUUUAAGGUCUGAUGAAGCUCGGCAUUACGUACAGUACGAUCAAGGGGAAGAUAGAUGGCUAUGUACGCUUUUACUUCAACGUGGUUACCGUGUAGAGUACUCAGCUGCCUCCGACGCCUAUACUCACUGUCCCGAAGGUUUCAACGAGUUCUACAAUCAACGUCGUCGCUGGGUGCCUUCCACCAUCGCCAAUAUUAUGGACUUGCUUGCCGAUUACAAACACACUAUCAAAAUUAACGAUAACAUCUCCAGUCCUUAUAUCGCAUAUCAGAUGAUGUUGAUGGGUGGUACGAUCUUGGGUCCCGGAACUAUAUUCCUUAUGUUGGUGGGUGCCUUCGUGGCUGCUUUCCGAAUCGACAACUGGACUUCUUUCGAAUAUAACUUGUAUCCCAUUUUGAUAUUCAUGUUUGUUUGCUUUACGAUGAAAUCCGAAAUUCAAUUACUGGUAGCUCAGAUAUUAUCGACGGCAUAUGCCAUGAUAAUGAUGGCUGUGAUCGUCGGUACCGCGCUUCAGUUAGGCGAGGACGGUAUCGGAUCUCCUUCGGCUAUAUUCUUGAUAUCACUUACGAGUUCGACCUUCAUAGCCGCUUGCUUGCAUCCGCAGGAGUUCUGGUGUAUCGUACCAGGAAUAAUUUAUCUUUUAUCUAUACCCUCUAUGUACUUGCUUUUGAUUUUAUAUUCGAUUAUAAAUCUAAACGUAGUAUCUUGGGGUACUCGAGAAGUAGCAGUUAAGAAGACGAAGAAGGAAAUUGAAGCAGAAAAGAAAGAAGCGGAAUUAGCAAAGAAAUCGGCCAAACAGAAGUCCCUCUUAGGUUUCCUUCAAGGAGUAAACAGCAAUGAAGAAGAAGGAUCUAUUGAAUUCUCGUUCGCUGGUUUAUUCAAGUGUCUAUUGUGUACUCACCCGAAAGGAAAUGAAGAGAAAGUGCAACUUUUGCAUAUUGCAUCUACUUUGGAGAAAUUGGAAAAGAAACUAGAAACUGUUGAGAGGGCUGUCGAUCCUCAUGGAAUGAGCAGAGGACGUAAACUAUCGGUUGGACCAAGAGGUAGCACUGCUGGAGAUCAUGGUUUGGACGCUCUGGCUGAAGGACCAGAAGAAGACGGCGACUCAGAUUCUGAAACCGACACUCUUUCUACUACGCCAAGAGAAAAGAGAGAUGAUCUCAUAAACCCUUACUGGAUUGAGGAUCCUGAGUUGAAGAAGGGUGAAGUAGAUUUUUUGAGUCCCGCUGAAUUAUCUUUCUGGAAAGAUCUCAUUGACAAAUAUUUAUAUCCUAUCGAUGCUAACAAGGACGAGCAGGCACGAAUUGCAGCAGACUUGCUUGAACUUCGCAAUAAGUCGGUUUUCGCAUUUGUUAUGUUCAAUGCUUUAUUCAUAUUGAUAGUGUUUUUAUUACAACUGAACAAAGAUCAACUCCACGUGAUUUGGCCUUUGGGAAUUAAGACAAAUAUAACGUACAUCGAGGAAACAGGCGAGGUGUUAAUUUCAAAAGAAUAUCUGCAACUGGAGCCUAUUGGUUUAGUGUUCGUAUUCUUCUUCGCCUUGAUCUUGGUGAUACAGUUCUCCGCCAUGUUGUUCCAUAGAUUUGGAACCAUCUCGCACAUAUUAGCGUCGACAGAACUGAACUGGUUCUGUUCUAAGAAGUCCGACGACUUAUCUCAAGACGCACUACUAGAUAAGAAUGCAAUAGCAAUAGUGAAAGACCUGCAGAAAUUAAAUGGUCUGGACGACGAUUAUGAUAACGACUCUGGCUCGGGUCCUCAUAACGUCGGUAGAAGAAAGACCAUUCACAAUUUGGAGAAGGCGAGACAGAAGAAGAGGAAUAUAGGCACAUUAGACGUGGCCUUCAAGAAGAGAUUCUUUAAUAUGAACGCAAAUGAUGGGCCAGGUACACCAGUACUUAAUCGCAAGAUGACGUUGCGACGAGAAACGCUAAAGGCUUUAGAGACGAGAAGAAAUUCAGUGAUGGCUGAAAGAAGGAAAUCUCAGAUGCAAACACUUGGUGCCAAUAACGAAUAUGGAGUGACAGGAAUGCUCAAUAAUAACUUAAAUGUUGGGCCUCGGCACAGAACAUCAAAUGCCAACAUAUCAGUGAAAGACGUUUUCGGCGAGCCAAACGGAGGUCAGGUCAACCGAGGCUACGAAACCACCCUGGGCGACGAAGACGACACCAACUCAAUGAGAUUACAACCUAGACAAAACCAAGUUUCCUUCCAGGGUAGAUUCUAAAAGAGUUGUCAAACUAAGUGCCUAGGUUAAACAAAUGUAGAUACUAGAAAUAUAGACUGUAGAAAUUUUUACAAUGAACAAACUCAGCAGCUGUUUGCGUGAGUCAUGUAUUGCUUGUGAUAUAUACUUUUUUAGGUCGUGACAGCAAUGUGCCGUCAUUAAAUACCAACAUCGGACAAUUUACAGCUUUAUUGUAAGAUAAAACAUACGAAUUUACACUGCCACUUAACUUUACAUAUUAUUAUAUUGAUCUUUUUAUACCUAUUAAAAUAAUAUCUUUGUAUUAAAGAUUUUUGUUUUAGUUCUUAUGAAUGUAGACAUCGAAUUAGUGUUGUAUGUAUUAAAUGAGAUUAAAUUAA